GAAGAAAGUAGCAAUAUAGAAAGUUAAAGAGCGGGAAUUGAUAAAAUUGGGGGAAAAAUUAGUGGGAGAGGGAACCUAACGGAGGUAUGAAUUCCCAUUAGUAUGAACGACAGUGGUUUGUAUAAGAAUACACAGACUAAAUUUGAUAAAUUUUUGAAUAGUUUAGAGACUAAAAUCGUUAAAUAUAUAUUUAAGGGACUAUUUUAGGUGUACUCCAUAGAUAAAGGACCAUUUAUGCCCAGUGCUCAAGUUUGGAAGCUAGGGUCGGUUAAUUUUGGAAGUUGAAAGCUGGGUAAGCGCCGCCGCUAUUGUCUGCAUACCCAACGAAACCCAAAUCAUAUCAUUUCUUCAUCUUCCUAGAACCUUCCCAAUCAGCAAACACAGAUCCCACUUAUUAAACGAAGGAAUGGAGGGAGGUGCAGCAACAGCAACAGCAACAGCAGCAGAGAAACAGAAUGAGGCGACGGCGCCGUCUUAUACGUAUUGGGUGAGAGAAGCGACGCAAGAUGCUGCACCUUUACCUCUUCCAAAGAAGCUCACAUCUGAAGACCUUAACAAUCAAGCCAAUAAUGCUCAAACCCACCUUGGCUCCGCCUGGAAUCGGGCUGGAACAUGGGAGGAGAAAAAUCUAAAUAAAUGGGCGAAUGAUCGAAUUAAGGAGCUGCUCAUAUCUAUGGGAUCACUGGAGUGUUCAGGUGGCAGAGCAGAAGUAGCUGAAGUGACACGAUGUUCUGGUGAUGCAUUUUUGGUGACUGUACGAAACAAGAAGCGUGUUGGCUAUACAUAUGAGCUCACGAUCAAAGUCAAGGGGGAAUGGCUUGUUGGUGACGAGAAGAAGGUGAUCAAGGGCCAUAUAGAUAUACCAGAGUUCUCAUUUGGCGAGUUAGAUGAUUUGCAGAUUGAAGUGAGUCUUAGUGAAGACAAGGAUUUUGGACAAGAAGAUAAGCAUCGGAUAAAACAGGACAUGAAACAAUUUCUGCAACCUCUUCGGGAAAAAUUGCUUCAGUUUGAGCAGGAACUGAAAGAGUUGUAGUGUGCUAUUGCAUUUGGUACUAUUUUUUGAAGCUUCAUUUAUUUCUUUUCUAAGACGCCUGUGGUCUGGAAUUGUGGAUAAAUGUCCCUUCGACUGGAAAGUGUCACUUUAGCUUGUAUUACUCGAAAUGUAGUACCUUAGCACAACUAGUUAAGAAUAUUGGGACUUUGGAUUAUCUGAUGCUGUGAUGGUGGUGACUAUCUCCUUGUUAUUUGAUGGUUUUUUGAGUGCA